AUGCCAUCCUACACCAAGUUCCUUAAAGAGAUUCUUUCAAAGAGGAGAAAGUUGGAAGAUUAUGAGACUGUUGCUCUUACAGAGGAAUGUAGUGCCAUAUUGCAAAACAAACUGGCACCAAAGCUCAAGGAUCCAGGAAGCUUCUCCAUACCUUAUCUUAUUGGCAACAUGAAGAUAGACAAGGCACUCCGUGAUCUAGGUGCAAGUGAGAGCUCAAACCAACAACAACAUGAAGCUGGAUCAGUCAAAUACUCUGUUAGCAUCUCAGAAAACAUCCCCAUCAAGGUGAAAAAAUUCUUCAUCCCCAUUGAUUUUGUUAUCUUAGAAAUGAAAGAGGAUGUCCAAAUUCCUAUCAUCCUGGGAAGACCUUUCUUGGCAACCGUCGCAACUAUCAUAGAUGUUAAGAAUGGGUAG